GGAGAUUGGAAUCGGGUUUUGCACAAAAUCAGCUAGCCUAAAUAAAAUGCCAGGUUGGGAAGAUAGCUCAUGUGGAUAUCAUGGUGAUGAUGGACAAAUAUUUUUUAACAGUAAAGGCAAACCGUUUGGACCAAAAUUUAUGACCGGUGAUACCAUCGGAUGUUGCUUAAACUUUAGAAAUAAUACGGUAUUUUAUACAAGAAACGGAGUGAAUCUAGGUAUUGCAUUUCGAGAUUUGAAAAAAGCUUUGUAUCCUUGUGUUGGAAUGAUGUCACCAGGUGGUUCU